AUGGAGGGUGGAGGCGCAAGAAAUGUUUCUGCAGCGGCAGCACAGACAGAGGGAAGUGGGGAUGAUGGCUCCCGCAAGCCACUGCCUCCUUGCUGUGUCAAGGCGCAGGCUGCUGUGGCGGAAUCUGAGGCCAAGUGCCACGCUACUGUGGUGUCCGGGUGGUUCACAGGAACCCGCUCACGCUCUGGUAAACCAAGCAAAGCGCAGUACUUCAACAAUCCAAUGUGGCCUGGGGAGGCUCAUUCGUUGAAAGUAGAGAAGAUUUUGUACCAGGGGAAAUCGCCAUACCAAGAAGUUUUAGUAUUCGAGUCUUCAACCUAUGGGAAUGUCCUUGUGCUCGAUGGAAUUGUUCAGCUGACUGACAAGGAUGAAUGUGCAUACCAGGAAAUGGUCACUCACCUUGCACUGUGCUCAAUUCCAUCUCCUAAAAAUGUUUUGGUUGUCGGGGGUGGUGAUGGUGGUGUACUACGAGAAAUAGCCAAGCAUGAUUCAGUGGAGACUAUAGACAUAUGCGAGAUUGAUCAGCUAGUUAUUGAUGUUUGUAAAGAUUUUUUCCCACGUCUGUAUGUUGGAUAUAAAGACCCUCGUGUCCGACUUCAUGUUGGUGAUGCUGUGGAGUUCUUGAGAAAUUCUCCAGAAGGAAAAUACGAUGCCAUUAUUGUUGAUUCAUCAGAUCCAAUUGGGCCAGCUCAGGAGCUUGUGGAGAAGCCCUUCUUUCAGACAAUUGCUAGGGCUUUAAAGCCUGGCGGUGUUCUUUCUAAUCUAGCUGAAAGUAUGUGGCUGCACACACAUCUAAUCCAGGAUAUGCUUUCUAUCUGUCGGGAGGUAUUCAAGGGUGGCGUGCACUAUGCCUGGGCGAGUGUUCCGACGUAUCCUAGUGGUGUCAUUGGAUUUUUGCUAUGCGCGAAGGACGGUCCACCGGUGGACUUCCUGACUCCUGUGAACCCAAUCGAGAAAAUUGAAGGAGCUACUAAAGAUGGACGAGAGAUGAGAUUUUACAAUUCAGAGAUUCAUAGGGCUGCUUUUAUUCUGCCAACGUUUGUAAAGAGGGAGCUGGAGGCAUAUAGCACUUCCACUGAAAAAGGAGAAACCGGAGAAGCCAACGGCAAAACCAGUGAAGAUGAAGGUAAUGCGGGACAGCGCAAUUACCGCUUCCUAGACCGCCUGUAUGCUAUCCAUCUUCCCCUACGAGACCCGCCGCGCUGUAUAUCCAUGUUCCAUGCCUGUCCUUUACUACCAGGUUUUAUUUCAGUAGUUACAUGA